CUAGGGUUUCGGUCCGUGAUUCUUCUUCUUCCUCAGCCAAGUGGAGCAGCUGCAAGUGAGAUCUGUCACCGGCCGCGUUGCUUGACUAAGAUCGCAGCCAUGGCCGAUAAAGCAGUCACUAUCAGAACCAGGAAGUUCAUGACCAACAGACUUCUCUCCAGGAAGCAAUUCGUUAUUGACGUUCUUCACCCUGGGAGAGCCAAUGUCUCCAAGGCUGAGCUGAAAGAGAAGUUGGCAAGGAUGUACGAAGUCAAGGACCCAAACUCUAUCUUUGUUUUCAAAUUCAGGACCCACUUUGGAGGUGGUAAAUCUACUGGGUUCGGGUUGAUCUAUGAUUCUGUUGAGAAUGCAAAGAAAUACGAACCCAAAUACAGGCUGAUCAGGAAUGGACUUGACACCAAGGUCGAGAAAUCGAGGAAGCAAAUGAAGGAAAGGAAGAACAGGACGAAGAAAAUCCGUGGUGUUAAGAAGACCAAGGCCGGGGACGCAGGAAAGAAGAAGUGAGACCCUCCAAAACAGUAACCUAGGGUUUGCUUUUCCAUCACCCUCCCUUGUUCAUUUCCAUGUCUGCUGUUACAUCAUUCUCGAAAUAGGCAGGCCCUCUUUCUACAUCUCAGUUUUGUGUUACUUUGUGUUUCACUUGAUCACUUUGUUUAAUAUGAUUCAGAUUUCGUUUAAUUGGUUAGAAAAUUCGAUUUCGUUAAA